AUGACACAUCCUAUCACAUUCUUUUACUGCUUCCUCGUCAUGAGUGAAGGGCUUGCAUCAAGCAACACACCCCGCAGGAGCGUUCCCUUCCAAGACAUAAACUUGAAACAGUUCAAAGAGUCUGGCUUUGACAGUUUGAGCUCUUUGAUGGUAAGAGAAGACAUUGGUCAGCUUGUCCUUGGUGCCAGAGGGAAAGUGCUCACCCUUAGCUUGGAUGACAUCACCAAACAGACCAGCGAGAAUAAAUGGGCUGUGAGCUCUGCAGAUGAAGACCUCUGUCAGAUGAAGGGCAAGAGUGCUGAGGAAUGUGAUAACUUUAUCAGGACGCUGCACACAAUGGAGGACAGUAAAAUGCUUGUGUGUGGGACAAAUGCUUUCAACCCUGUGUGUGACUAUAUGAUUUUAACAAACGGAACUCUCUCCUUGGAAAGAAAAACACAAACAGGUCGGGGGAAAAUUCCUUUUGACCCCUACCAACGCUUUGCGACCUUUAUGGAUGGUGAUACUUUGUACUCUGCCGCUUCGACAAACUUUCUGGGUACAGAAUCUGUGUUCCAGAGAUUUGGACUAAACGCUGUCAAGACUGAAUUAAAACGCUCCUGGUUAAACGAUCCCACCAUGAUUUCCAUAAGCCUCACUGAAGCCAGCAAAAAUAGCAGCAAGGGUGAAGAUGGCAACGUGUUUCUGUUCUUCUAUGAAAAUGCUGUGGAGGAACUUCACGGCAGCAUCCCAGUGUCCAGGAUUGCUCGUGUGUGUAAGAGCGACUUGGGGGGCAAAAGGACACUACAGCAAAAGUGGACUUCUUUCCUGAAAGCCAGACUGGACUGUCCAUUUGGAGAUGUUGGCUCACCAUCUUUGGUCCAGGAUGUUUUUCUCCUCUCAGACGAGAAUGACUGGAGGAACAGCAUCUUCUAUGCCACAUUCAUCUCCAACUCGGAGCCCUCCUGUGAUUGCAGUCACUCUGCUGUCUGUGCAUACAAGCUGUCAGACAUCAGCCAGGUGUUUAGUGGGAGGUUUCUGACUGAGUUAGAUACUGGGAACUGGGACAUAUACACGGGACAGGAGCCAUCCCCCUACCCUGGUUCAUGCAUUGAUGAUGAAAUGCGUGCCAGCGGCCUGACGAGCUCUUUGAACCUCUCAGACACAACGCUGUUGUUUGUAAAGAACCACCCUCUGAUGGAGGGCGUGGUUACACCAAUGACUGGCAAGCCUCUGCUUUUCAAGCCAAUGACGCAUUUUUCGAAAAUUGUUGUGGACCAAGUCACGUCACUGGAUGGACAACAGCACCUGAUUAUGUUCGUCGGCACAGAUACUGGUUGGCUGCAGAAGGUGGUGAAGUUUGAAGGUGAGGACGGGCGUAUCAUUGAGGAGCUGCAGCUGUUUAAAGAGCCUCAGCCUGUGGAUUUCCUGCAGCUUUCCUCCAAGACUGGCCAUCUGUACAGCGGCACCAGUAAUGCAGUUGUUCAGAUUAAUGUUAGAGACUGUAGCCGCUACACAUCAUGUGAUGACUGCCUUCUUGCCAGAGAUCCAUACUGUGGCUGGGACCAGAUCAGAAGCCAGUGUGCAUCGGUUUUUGGUGCAUCAAACUCAUCUAUGAUUCAGAGUCUCAGUAAUGGAGACAUCACGAUGUGCCCACCCUCUGAGUCAAAAGAGAAACCUGUCACUAUCUACUUCAACGUCAACAUAUCUCAGCUCCUCCCAUGUUCCCCUGACACCAACCUACCGAUCAUCUGGUACUUUUCCCACAACGUCCUUCAUUUUGGUCCACAGUUCACUGUAUUGAGUCUGGGUCUCAUCAUCAGACCUUCCUAUUCUGAUGCUGGACUGUACAGAUGUGAGACAAUAGAAGCAGUGAAGGGCAGAGUCCACAGAAAAACCAUUGCUCAGUACCUUGUUAAGGUUCACGACACUGAUGCCAUUAUCACGAACCUGAGGGCUACUGUUUCCAUAAUGGCUGUUGUUGUUUCCUUGGUCUCAUUUUCCAAAGCUGUGUUUAUGGUGAUUGGAUACCUAAAGUCAAAAAAAGGAAACACUCGACGUGGCAACGAGAACUGCAACAACCAUCUAGUGAGGCCUUGUAAUUAUAAGGAACCAAGCACGUUAAAGAUGCAUGGAGGAAGGUCUGCUUCAAAGUGGGAAGGAUGCUAG